AUGGCUACCCACAGAACAAAAAAAACGACGGCCAAAACGGACAAAAUCAACUUCUUCGGCCAUAAAGGCCAAACUCCGCAAACAGCCUCACAGUCGGACGCCCAAGAUGGCGACGGGGAUUCGGACUCGAGCCUCCCCAUAGUGGACAACACGCAAACCGACCAAAUCACAAAAAGCUUCCUGGAACACCCACUGAAUACCUUAUCCAACAAACUGAUAGCCUCCUGGCAACAAACGGCAGACGCCAUGUGGAAAGAAAUGCAAGAUCUGGGAACCCGUACCUCCAAAAUCGAAGACAAAAUGGGGGACUUCGCUCAACAACAUGGCGGAUCAUGUUCAACAUCUGGAGGAAAAGGUGGAACGCCUGGAGUCGCAAAUGGCUGAUGCGGAAGAUAGGGCACGGCGGAAUAACAUCCGGCUCCGAGGAGUGCCAGAGUCGGUGCAACAGGUAGACCUUCAGGCCUAUGCACGAGGCCUGAUGAGGGCCUACGCGCCGGACAUACCGACGGAUAUGAUGCUAAUUGACCGGAUACAUAGGAUCCCUAAGCCCGCUCACCUGCCAGACUCCACACCACGAGACGUGCUGCUGCGGGCCCAUUAUUUUCAUGUUAAGGAGCUGGUCCUCACGGCGAGCCGCAACCGCAACCACCCGCACGACGACUUCCCCACAGUGAAAGUGUUCAACGACCUCUCGGCAGCAACGCUGAAAAAACGACGGGCAUUCCAUCGGAUCGCAGAAGCGUUGCGGCAACAUGGCACCAGAUACCGAUGGGGCUACCCGACUAAGAUGCUGAUUCAACGAGGAGGUACCUUCAAACCCGUCCACUCCCCGGAGGAAGGAGCUAGACUGCUAAAAGAAUGGGGCAUACCACUUGGCCCGUCGGAGCCCACUGCACAGCCGAUUGAGAAGACGGCACGGGAGUGGAGCGCUGCCCGCAAGAGACUCACCUAA